AUGUCUGGAAAACGCGCCAACGUCUUCGGGCAGGGGCGCCCUGAGAGUCCGUACGAGGAGCGCGAUGAGCCCGGCGAGGUGCCGCAGAGGGCUACGGCCGCGCAAUUGGCUGCGCGCAAGUAGGUGCCCUUCGCUCACCGUGGCUCGGCCUCGCUUUUGUCGCGUGUGGCCGCAGAGCUGGAAGCGCGUCUGUUGCUGACACAGGUUCGCAGGAUCAAGUCGGUCAAGCCACGCCGUGCUGCUGGCGCCGCCUCGUCCGUAAGUCCUCCACCGCCGCCCUUCACGUCGCCCGUCCUCGACCACGGCUGCCCAUCACGCUCGCAUCCGCAUCCGCAUCCACCCCCACCCCCACCCCAGCAUGGCCGACGAACACAGCUCCGCGCACCCCAGCGCCAUGCGGACGAGCCACACGCCCCACCAGCGCACCACUAACCCGACCACACAGGGCCUCUCGCAGAGCGUCCACUUUGGCGGAGGACAGCAGCAGCCGAGCUUCAGCUUCGGUGCCUCGGCUCCCGUGGGCGGAGACAGCGCCAGCGCCAACAUGUUCGGCGGCGGCAAUGCCUUUGGCGGCGGCGCCACGAGCAGCUUCCCUCCGGCCCAGUCAUCAGGCUCGAGCAGCGCCUUCACCACCAACUCGUUCCCCGCCCCGAGCUUCGGCGCCGCCAGCCAGACCAGCGCUUUCCACGCGCCCUCGGGCGGCUUCGACUUCUCCCCCGCCUCGUCGACGAACAAUCCGUUUGGCGCAAUCCACGGCGCCGCAGCCCCCACAAACGGCGCCUCCGCGUCCUUUGGCGGCUCCCUCUUCGCCAGCCAGGCCGCGAGCAAUCCGUUCGGCGGCGGCCAGCAGACCAACACCAACACCAGCAGCGCGCCCGGGUCGACGAGCCUGUUCGGCACCACAAACGGCGCCUCCACAACCGCCUUCACAUUCGGCGGCGCCAGCUCGUCGGCACAAGCACCACCAGCCGCGCCCAGCACCCCAGCGCCCGCCUCGCAGCCGACCUUCAGCUUCGGCGCGAACAACGCCUCCACAACCGCCGCACCCAGCACCCCGUCCUUCCAGUUCGGUGCCACCAGCUCGGCUGCCCCGGCUAGCACAUGCACACCCGCCGCAUCGAGCACCCCGUCGUUUCAAUUUGGGGCUUCCAGCGCCGCCGCACCUACCACGAGCACACCAGCACCUGCAUCCACGGGCAUCUUCAGCUUCGGCGCACAGAACAACGCAACUCCCGCAGCCACGCCCGCGUUCGGCGGCUUUGGCGCUGGCGCUGGUGCUGACGCGCAGAAGAGCGAGAGCACACCAGCAGCCGCAACCCCUCAGAAGAACAUGUUCGGUUUCGGCGCAACGAGCACACAGGGCACCGACAGCACACCCGCGACCGCAGCCCCGACCCCCUCCACGGGCCUGUUCAGCUUCGGCGGUGCAGCAACACCUAAGCCCGCAGAGGCUGCACCACCUGCGCCGGCCACAAACAUGUUCGGAGGCGCCAGCACGCCUGCGCCUGCGCCUGCACCCGCCAGCAACCUCUUCUCCGGCUUGCAAACAUCCACAAACGCCAGCACACCAAAAUUCAGCUUCGGCCAAACACAAGAGACGCCAAAGGCGCAAGAGCACACACCCGCCGCCCCGAGCUUCUUCAACAGCGUGAAGCCCGCAGAGCAGGCCAGCAGCACAUCCUCUGAAAUACCCAAGAACAGCCUCUUCGCUGGACUCGCCAAGCCGGCCAGCACCCCGGCGCCUGACUUGAGCAGCAUGUUCGGUGCACCCCAGAACAAGGAGAGCGCGCCCAAGGAGAGCGAGAAACCAACGUCCAUGUUCCAAGCAGCCCCUGAAGCGCCCAAGACGAACAUGUUCAGCGGAUUCAGCACCCCUCAGCCCACAAAAACCACGGACAACCCCCAGGCCAAGGCAGGAAUGUUCACAGCACAGCCCAAGGCGAGCUCCGCCUUCUCGUUUCCCUCGUCUGGCGCAAACAGCACCCCGGAGAUCUCCAGUCCAUCGCCAGCCACCCAAGAGGCGCCUGCGCAGCCGUCCGCCAAGGAGGCGUCAAACCCCUUUGCAAGCCUCCCAGGUGCCUCGACCAGUGCCAGUGCUAGCGUCUUCAACGCACCGAAGGCGCCGGCCCCUCAAGCGUCAACACCUGGCACAGUGGCCGCGCCAGAGUUGCCUAAAAUCGGUAGGCUCAGCGUGCCCAAGGACUGGGUGGUGGAAGAUUUUGCCGUCCCGGAGCACGCAGAUGGCCUCGUCAGCUAUGUUCUUGACUUGAGCCUCCAGCUCCAGGCGAUGAAUUUGAGGUACCGCGAGAUGCUCAGCAACUCUUCUCUGGUGGCUGACUGGUCGCUUUUGUCGAUUUGGCACCACCAGCAGUCGCGCUCGCUCAAGACCAAAAUCGACAACGCAAAGAAGCAGCGUGCUGCAGCAAAGGGUGUCACCGGCGCAGAGUCAGCCCUCUCCACUAAGCGCAAGGUGAACGAAGACAGCCCUGAGGUGGACGGACACACUCCGUCAAAGCGUACCCGUCCCACGGAGCCGACCACACCGACGCCAAAGGCCUCCACAUCAACGUCUACCCCAAAGUGCAACCCCCCGGCAACCGCUACCUCUAACCUUUUCUCAAAGGCCAUCGGCAACAAGGGCUCCACGCCCGAAACGGCCGCGCCCGAGCCUCCCAAAGCUGCCGCUCCAAGCACUGGCUUCACUCCCUCUUUCAGUGCAUCCACUGGUCCAGCCGCGCCCAAGCCGUCCAGCACAUCUGGCUUCACUCCCUCGUUCAGCGCUUCUACGGGUUCCUCUGCGCCCAAAGCCUCUACCACAUCUGGAUUCACACCUUCGUUCGGCGCGACAAACGGCACAGACGCCUCAAAGUCUGCACCGGCUUCGACCGGCUUCACACCUUCCUUUGGAGCACCCAAGACCACCGCAUCUACCGGCUUUACUCCUUCGUUCGGCGCACCCAAAGCUCCGUCGGCAGGCGGCUUCACUCCCAGUUUUGGUAACUCGAGUGGUGGGAACACCGACUUCACUGCCCAGUUUGCGAAGAGCGCGAAAACGUACGAACAGCUUGCAGCAGAGCGGAAGAAGAAGGCCAAGGAUGCGGACUACGACUCGGACGAUGAGACGGAAGAGGAGUGGAGCGCCCGCUACGACAAGGAGGAGGCCGACCGUCUCGCCAAAGAGAAGGAGGCAAUUGCGUCGGCUGGCGGUUUCAGCCUCCCUGCCUCUACCAACGCCUCCGGCGCCACCACACCCACACCCACAGCCGAGCCCGCCAAAGAAGCCACCAAGCCCGCGCCCUCUACGAACCUCUUCGCAAACCUUGCCAAGCCAGCGAGCGGUGCGUCUACGCCGAGCCUGUUCACACCUCGCGCUGCCAGCCCUGCAGCCUCCACCACGGAUGGUCGUUCGGUCUUUGACGGCCCCAGCGCCGCACCUAGCCCAUCUUCCAACAGCCUCUUCGGACAUCUCUCUUCUGGGCCUUCCUCCAACAACCAAGACGAUUCCGAUGACGAGGACGAGCGUGGGGAGGACAAGUCGCAGAACGAUCAGCUGGUUGGUUCCACAGGGUCCACUUCCCCUAAGCGCAAGUCUGGCGGAUCAGAGACGGAAUCAGACAAUGCCUCGAGCAAGAAGCAAGCGAUGGGCACCAAGGGCAGUCUGCUCUCCCGCAUGACGAGGGCUGACGACGCGGAUUCCGAGGCCGAGAAGGAGAACGACAAGCCCGCGUCUAUCUUUGGCCAGACGAACGGGGCUUCGACACCGACGAACAAGCCGUUCGCGUUCUUCAACUUUGAAAACGCUGGCGCCAACACGGCCCCUCCCAAAGCCAACACCUUCGCGGGUGACCAGACGUUCAAGGUCGGCAGUCCGAUCAAGUUCGGCGGUGCGCCAGCUACGGAGAAGAAGAAGGAUGCGCCCACCUUCCAGUUCCAGCCUGCGACGCCUUCGCCUGCCGAGUUCUCAACCACUCCGGCGAAGCCACCUCCCUCCGGCAGCGUGUUCAGCUUCGGUGGAACCAGCGGAGCCUCGUUGCUUGCACCCAACCUUGGCGCGUCUGCCCCCAGUUCUGUCCCCUCUUCCAUGUUCUCUUCCCGCGCCGGUACACCACAGUCCGAGGCUGAGACCAACACCAACGCUGCCGCUGCAGAUGACGAGGAGGGCGAGAAGCACGAGCAGGUUGACCUGUCGCAGCUGACGGAAGAGGAGACGGCGGCGAACGACAUUGUGUUCCACAUCGACCUCGCCCUCGCCAAGCAGCAGGUGGACCAGGGCGACGGCACGAAGAAGUGGGAGAACUUUGCGCGUGGGCCCCUCUGGAUCCUCAAGGACAAGGUCAGCGGCAAGUGCUUUGUCCGGAUACGGAUUCCGAGUGGUGCGACGCCGCUCAACUACCAGAUCCUGCCGGCGCUGCGAUCCAACGUGACGGGCAGCAGCAAGAAGAUGGUGCAGGCGACACGACCGGGCAAGGACAAGGGCCUGACGCCCGUGUACUUUGCAGUGAAGAGUGCCGAGGUGGCCGAGGCGUUUUCGCGCAAGUACAACGAGUCGAUGCCGCCCAGCUAG